AUGACCCAAGAAGUAGUGGAUCUCAGCAGUGAUGAUGAUGGACGCGUUGCUGUUGCCGCCUUGGAAGAGGAGUUGGACUCAGUCGAGAGGCAAAUUGAGGAGUUGCGUGUCACCAGAGAUAUUCUCCGAAGUAAGCUGGCAAGACUACGGUCCAAGUUGGGCAGUUCGCCGUCUCCAACGUCCUCAUCGGUAUGGGCUGACACUGGUUUCUCAUGGGAUUCCAGUUUACGUGAUGCGGCCUGGCGGUACUUUGGUGUGAAGCAAUUCCGUGACCACCAACUGAGUAUUCUCAACGCCAUACUAAGCGGGUCGGACGCCGUAUUGGUAUCCCCUACAGGCAGCGGGAAGAGUCUAGUGUAUCAGCUACCAGCAGUUCUUAUGGGUGAGAAGCGACUUACUGUAGUGGUCUCCCCUCUGAUCUCGCUCAUGCAUGACCAGGUUUCAUCGUUGUUGGCUGUCGGUGUCGCUGCGCGAUUGCUGAGCGCGCAGGAGCCGAGACAAAGGCAAACAGCAAUACGGAAAGAAUUAAAGGAAAAACACGUUGAUGUACCGCAAAUUUUCGUAACGCCGGAGAGAAUCGCGAAAAGUGCCCAGUUCAUGAACCUUCUUGGUCGCCUCCACGAAGCGAAGAGUAUUGGCUUGAUCGCUGUAGAUGAGAGUCACUGUAUUUCACAGUGGGGUCACGAUUUUCGCCAGGACUAUCUGAAGUUAGGGAUGCUGCGAAAACACUUCCCUGGAGUACCAAUAGUCGCUACAACAGCCACGGCAACUCCGCAAGUUGUUGAGGAUAUAUGCGGUAGACUAGAUCUGGAUCGGUCGCGCACUAACGUUAAGCGAGCUCCUUGCGAUCGACCCAACAUUUUCUAUGGCGUCCUUUAUAAACCCAGAGAUAAAGCGAAAGCGGUGGAGCAACUGUUGGCGACUGUGACGAAGUUGUGUGCUUCUUGUUCGCCUGCUGAUUCGAAUGGUAUUGUAUAUUGUCUGAGUAGAAAAGAAACUGAGGAUGUGUGUGCGAGUCUGAACCACGCCGGUAUCCCUGCUGUGUGGUAUCAUGGCGAGCUCGGGACCGACAGUCGGGCGGCGGUUCACAAGUCGUGGAUGUCCGGUGAGAGCAAAGUAAUCGUCGCUACGGUCGCCUUUGGUAUGGGUGUACAUCACGACAGUGUCCGCUGGGUUAUACAUUUCUCGGUGCCUCCUAGUAUACAACAUUAUCAGCAGGAAUCCGGCCGUUGUGGUCGCGAUGGUAGACCAGCGAUCUCAAUACUGAUGGCCUCGCCAUUCGACAUAUGUCGUCAGAGUGUGAUGGUUUAUUGGAAGCCUAAUGCCCUUCAGGAGCUCUAUGUAAUGGCCGACCUUCUCAAGUCGAGUCACUUAAGGGAGACUUUCGAUGCUACUGCAUACUCUGUCAAUUCCUAUAUCGAAAAGCGAAGAACGUCCUCACCGCGGUCCAUUUGGGAGUUCACUCAUCGAGAAAUCGAGAGUAGCAUGUCCCGAGUUUUCGAUAGUCCGACGCCACAAGUGGAACUAAAUGUGAACGAAGAAAAGUUGCGGAUUGUUGAGAGGAAGCUGAACCAUGGACGGCUUGAGAUCGCUGCGACUGUUGAUAAAGAUAUGCCUCCGCAGAAGAUUCUUUCUGACCAGGAAAUUCAGGAGCUGCGGAAAUACGAUGGACGCCCGAUGUGCCCGAAGUCAUCCCUAAGUCAGUGCCAGAAUCUGCCCCCGCCAUAUAAGGCUUUUGACGAAAGCUCUCUACGACCAUGUAGACGGGCUGGCUCGCUUGGUGCUUCCAAUACAAACGACCGUGCAGAAGUUACUCGAGGGCAAAAACUACAUAUCUCCUGGAUGGGCAACGGGCACACUAACUCCGUCUCUGACGGGACAUGCAUCGUGUUCAAGAUGGCUCCAUACAGUUCUGAUCCUUCAUGGGAAGACUUCACCCCGCUAGAGGACUGCCUACCAUUUUAUAACAAACAUGUUACUAAGGACACCACUUCUGCUGAUAUUAUUAUACCUAGUAACGUUGAGCCUGGGCCCUACACCAUCCUUUACAUGUGGUCCAAGUUCGCAGGCGUUUAUUAUGCCACUUGUUCAGACAUUAUCGUACACUAG